CGCACACCCGUAAAAAAUUUUCCUCUGCGAACUUGUACAGUUCGGGCCGCAUUGGAUGUAUGCAGAGAAGUGGCCCCGAGGCAUUGAGGCCUCUUACAAACGAGACAUCGCAAAUUUCAACCGGCUCUACCACUUCAUCGGCGACAACAUCAUCAAACACCUCUGGUGGCACAACGACUUCUGGCGGCUCCGGAACAUCCUCUGAUGCUUCGACGUCGGGAACCAGUGGAGGUUCCAGCGCUGCUGGUGGCGCUCCUCCGGCCCCCAAGAAUCCUCCUGCAGCAGCAAACACUACCAGAAGAAUAACGUCCACACUGCCGAACAUCCAGGUCAGCCUAACUGGUGAGCACCGGACUUCGUUGGAUCAGGCAGUCCAAAACCAGGGGCUUUCACUGAUGACCUUCGCCGCUGAAAACCUGCGGUUCCACGUUGCAGAGCAAGGGACUGCGGGCAACUUCCUCAACAACCAAACGGAACAUGCCGGACCUGUCUAUGCAGCCGCGAUGGAGAAGUGGCCCCGAGGCAUUGAGGCCGACAAACGAGACAUCGCAAAUUUCAACCGGCUCUACCACUUCAUCGGCGACAACAUCAUCAAACACCUCUGGUGGCACAACGACUUCUGGCGGCUCCGGAACAUCCUCUGAUGCUUCGACGUCGGGAACCAGUGGAGGUUCCAGUGCUGCUGGUGGUGCUCCUCCGGCCCCCAAGAAUCCUCCUCUUUCGGGCCAUAUUGGAAGAGUGUCAGAGCUGAAGCCUAUGACUGCUGGGGAGACCUCUACAAUCUCCACGGGAACGACAAGUUCCGCAGGCAGUGAUUCCUCUGGAUCCUCCGGUGGGUCGGCCUCCUCUUCUGGGGCAGCCUCGUCGACUUCUGGCAGCAAUGAUUCUAGCACAAGUGGUGGCUCUAAUGCUCCUGGGGGCGGAGCUCCAGCACCACCAGCGCAAAACGCCAACCAGAACAUUUGGAAAAUGUCAACAGUGCUUAAGGGCCUUGACGUCAAUCUCACAGCUGACCAUCAGACAACCAUCGGCACGGCUAUUACAAACCAAGGACUGCAGGUGGCCUCUUUCUCGGCCAAGAAUGUGAGGUUCAAGGUGGGGCAUCAAGGCACGGCCAAAAACUUUGUGCAGAACCACACGGACCAUGAGGGGGCCAUUGAGCCUAUUGUGAUGGAGCUGGCGGCGGAUGAGCUGGACGUCACGUUCGAGACGUUCCAGAACGAGCAAGAGCAGCCGCCGACGAGCUCAAGAAUGACCGUCGCAUUUCAUGCCAAUUUGACCGCCCUGGCAAAGAAAUUUACCACAUGGCUGUCAUCAACUGUCAGGGGUCUUUACGAUUAAGUAAAUAUGUAUUCAUGCAUGAUUUCGUCUGCUCAAAGGGAGGGGGCAAACAAAAAAGAAAAAAAGGGAAAAUUUUGAGGUGGAUUCACCAUCAUCUGUGAGGUCAACCCAGCAUGACUCGUUACUCACACCAACUAAACUAGGUUGAACCCACACUAAUUCCUCUGUUCCUUUGGAGUUCACCUGGGGUCAACCACACUGUCAUACCCUCUUUCACGUUGGUUGAAAUGACUGUCGGAGACAGCAUAACCCCGGUCUCGAAAGGUAUAAGAAAAGGAAAAUGCAACGCGUUGGUGAGAUGCAUGAAUCGCACCAACGGCCUGUGGCGGUUACGGUGAUAACCACACCGUUCCCACAUUCCAUCCUUUCCAAAUAAAAUAAACAGGCUCGGAAAAAAAAGGGGAGGGGGGGAGUAAAAAAAAUGGGAGUAAAAGUAUAUAUUAAGCUAACAAUUCUCUAACAAUAUCCAAUGACCUCUUUGGCAUGACCACUCAUGAAAUGUGUGAUAAACAAAAGAAAAACAAAAAACAAACAGAAAA